CGCAGCGGAACUGACCGGCGGCAGAGCGGUGGAGGAGCGCGGCCUCGGCCCGGCGGAGGCUUGGCGGGCCCGCCGGGCGCAGCAUCUGGCCGGCGGGUUCCAAGCUCGCGGGCCGGGAGCGGUGGUGCCUUGGGGGCGGCUGAACAGGCCCUGCGGCGCCAUGCCUGCGGGUUGAGCACCGCGGCUGCCGGGCCUCGUCCCACCUCGCGUGGGGGCCGCGCGCGCCCAGGCCGGGGUCCCGGCGGCCCACCAUGGUGCUGCCGCCCCCGGACCGGCGCCACGUGUGCCUGACUACGCUGGUGAUCAUGGGCAGCAUGGCGGUCAUGGACGCGUACCUGGUGGAGCAGAACCAGGGCCCGCGUAAGAUCGGCGUGUGUAUCAUCGUGCUGGUGGGCGACGUGUGCUUCCUGCUGGUGCUGCGCUACGUGGCCGUGUGGGUGGGCGCCGAGGUGCGCACGGCCAAGCGCGGCUACGCCAUGAUCCUCUGGUUCCUUUACAUCUUCGUGCUGGAGAUCAAGCUCUACUUCAUCUUCCAGAACUACAAGGCGGCGCGGCGGGGCGCGGCCGACCCGGUGGCUCGCAAGGCGCUGACGCUGCUGCUGUCCGUGUGUGUGCCCGGCCUCUUCCUGCUGCUCGUGGCGCUCGACCGCAUGGAGUACGUGCGUACCUUCCGCAAGCGCGAGGACCUGCGCGGACGCCUCUUCUGGGUAGCGCUGGACCUGCUGGACCUGCUGGACAUGCAGGCCAGCCUUUGGGAGCCGCCGCGCACCGGGCUGCCGCUGUGGGCCGAGGGCCUCACCUUCUUCUACUGCUACAUGCUGCUGUUGGUGCUGCCGUGCGUGGCGCUCAGCGAGGUCAGCAUGCAGGGCGAGCACAUCGCGCCGCAGAAGAUGAUGCUCUACCCAGUGCUCAGCCUCGCCACCGUCAACGUGGUGGCCGUGCUGGCGCGCGCCGCCAACAUGGCGCUCUUCCGCGACAGCCGCGUCUCAGCCAUCUUCGUUGGCAAGAACGUGGUGGCGCUCGCCACCAAGGCUUGCACCUUCCUGGAGUACCGCCGCCAGGUGCGCGACUUCCCACCGCCGGCGCUCGCGCUAGAGCUGCAGCCUCCGCCCCCGCAGCAGCGCAACUCUGUGCCGUCAUCCCAGCCGCUGCAUGGCCCGCCCGGUCGCCCUCGCGGGCCCUCGCCCACGCGCGACGCCCUGGAAACGUGACAGGGCCCUUGCAGCUCCAGGGAAGCCCCCGGGGCGCAGACAUUGGGCGGUGGGGCGCGCAGUUUGCAUGGGAUGGGGUGGGGGCGGCUCCCCAUGGGGCCAGGUGCGGCUCUUCAUCUCAGGGACCCCUUGGAUCAGGCUGCCCCUCGCCGGUGGGUCGGUGUGUGCAGCCUGGCCUGCAGUGGAAGGGCCCUCCCCAGCCUGCUGGGGCCUGGGUGGGAAGGGAGGACGGUGGUGGAGGUCUGGUCCCUGGGGGGGGGGGGUCCCUUGGUGGUGGCCUCUGGCUCAGAGUUUGGGGUCAAGGAGGCCUCUGUCAUUUUAAAGACUCGUGUUUACAGUUUUGUAUCCAAAGG